AGUUCGAAGAAUUGAAUGAACACAUCUUCAUCGGACACAUAUAUUGGUGUAGUCGGCCACACACACGCACACACGGUGGUUUUAAAUUCGUUUGAACGUAUAUACACGAAAAUAUUCUUCUUUGUCUAUCUCUUUCUUAACUCGAUUGGAGUUAUUUCAACGUCAACAUCGUCUCUUUCUCGAUCGUGUUACAUUUCGAUUCGAGCACACGUUGCACAAUAAUACACGUUUUGACGCAAGUCUGGCUCCGGCUCUCACACAGCGUGUACGGUUCGGAAUCCAGAAAUCCACUGACGAUUGCAAUACCUCCAACAAAUAACUGUUUUCGAAUAAUAAAAGGUCGAAAGUUUACAAUUUUGAGUAAUUCAAUUAAGUAGAUGGCGCCAUCUUAACUUUAUAUUUAGGAAUCAGCUGAUCGAGUGAAAUAUUAAUGCUUAUGUACUCUCAGUUGACUACCAUUUCAUUUGACUGUUUUCAACGAAAAGCUGUCAUUCAUUGGAUCAUAAACAGAAAAACAAACGAGGUUUAAACGAACCCGAUCUAUCGUAAUAACUAUGUUCGGUCGUGUGUUUAUGUCAAAUUUUCGUAAUAUUUCGCUUCUAUCGAGGGUAUGGAAUGGACCCAACAGGGCAUUGGCUGGUAGAAAUGCUGAACAAAAAAUGAUAUCAAUUCUAAGAAACAAAUUUCCUCAAGCUAAACUUAUAGAAGUUAAUGAUGUCUCAGGAGGAUGUGGUGCAAUGUUUGAAAUAAAUGUUAUUGCACCAGAAUUCAAAGGAUUGAACACUAUUAAGCAGCAUCGAUUAAUUAAUGAUGCCCUUAAAGAAGAGAUUAAGGAUAUGCAUGGAGUAAGAAUAUAUACAAGCGUUCCUGAAGCUUAGAUUAUUUGUAAUUUUUUACGAAACUAUUUCUUAUAUCAUGUAAAUGUAUGACUGAACUGUAUAAAGUCUUGUAAAUUUUGCAUAUAAAUAUUCAUAUAUACAUCUAGCAAUAUUUAUUUGUAUUCACAUAUAUAUAAAAUUCAAUGUUUAUUUAAAGGAUUUUAAUAAUAUGAAUCAUCUAUAUGCAUAAUAGAAAUGUGUACAAUAAAUGACUAACAUAAUUAAAUAGA